GGUCCAGGAAUGACAAGAAGAUCCCCUUUUUGCAUUCAAUAACAGUAUCAUCAAUUUUCUCAAUUCUAUUUGUUUCUUAGGAUUCUAUGCAGAUUAUUGUUAUGUGUAUGAAGAAAUUAAAACUUUGUCAAAUUAUUUGAGCUGAAUCAUGGAAUUCGACAAGAAAUUGUGAAUAUGAAGGGGUCAUUGACGACUUUAAUUCAUUCACAUGAUCAAAUAAAGAAAGUAUAUUCUAGCAUCAAGCUGCUUUAUUUAGAACAAGGCAGCAGAUAGAAACAACAAUAAUGCUUCAUAGGAGCCUGCAAUAAGCUUAUAAUUUCUUAAUGGGCUCCUUUUACUCCAAGUUGCCAAGCUCCAAGUUCCCAAGCUUCAAGUUUGCUUGUCCAUCAUGUUUUCUGUGCUGUACGGUAUCUGAAGGUGAUGGUGGUGAGAGCCAUCCUGGAGAGGUUUCCUCCAAAAACGUGCAUCACGUAACUUCCAUGCAAAUUUGGGAAACAAUGCUAGCUCAGGCCAGCACAGACGGCAAGAUUGUGGUUGCAAAUUUUGUUGCAUCUUGGUCUCUUCCUUGCAAGGAAAUAAUGCCAAGCUACUGUCAUCUUGCGGACACAUAUUCUUCUUCCCUUUUGUUUCUCACUGUGGAUGCUGAUCAGCUUGCUGAGUUAAGUACUUCAUGGAGUGUCAAUGCAACUCCAACAUUUUAUUUUCUGAAAGAAGGGAAUCAAGUAGAAAAACUAGUUGGUGCUGACAAGGUAGAGCUUAAGAAGAAGACAGCUUUUGCCGCUGAUUUAGUUACCAAAUCUCGCAAAUGACACAUCAUCGU